AUGGAACUAGGGCGUAUGUCUAAUGAUCCUGUAGAGAUGGAAAGUAAGAUUCGCGUGAGAGAUGACUAUAAUAGCUAUUCUUAUGAUCCUAAGGCAAGUAAAUGGGAACUGAAGGAACUGUUCUAUGCUAAAAAAUGGGAACAAGGUUGUGUCGUUGACAAUGUAUUGUACUAUUACGAUGUCGACAAGAACAAGUUGAGAGCGUAUGAUCCAAAGAAAAGGUGGUGGACAGUAGUGAAUGGUGUGGAAGAAUUGUUGUCUAAGACGAAUGGUUCAUGGGAUACGUACACAGUGAGUUACGAUGAGAAACUGGCUCUCUUUCUUCAGGACAGGAAAAUAUUUGGUGUGUGGAGAUUGCUUUGGAAACACGCAACGAAAAGGAGAUUUGGUGUAAAGUGCAAUGGUUUGAUGAUGGGAUUAUUUGGACUUGUUCUUUGA